AAAUAAACCUCUUAACCGUUAUUUGAACGUAGCCCAUCAACCAAAGGUUCGAAAUCCUCUCCAUCACUGCCUAUUCUUUUGGAGAAGAAAGACCCAAUUGUAUUUGCAACUGCUCUUAUAUUAUCUUCAAAGUUCAAAUCACUUGUUGUGGGCAACCAAAUUUAUGUAUAGAUUAUCAAGUCAGGAUUCUCCAAGGACGUCUUCUCACAAAAUAAUUUGAUUGUUAUUGGCUCUAAGUGUGCUUCUGUAGGUUGUGAGUCGAAGCUGUUUGACGAAAUGACUGAAGGAAAUAUUGUUUCCUGGACUUCAGUGAUCUCGUGUGGCAACGCAUAACCCAAUUCGCCUUUCAAAGUUUCUCAAAACAUAUAUUGAGAUUACUGCACAGGUAUCAAGGGAAAUGCAGUGCUUGAGGUAUAGAAGUCUCUCUGGGACUCUUCCUUCUGCAUGGUGGCUGAUCGCUCGAGGUUCUUGCAGUAAAUUGUUUGUUGGCGGUCUUUCUUAUGAUACCAAUGAAAUUGUCCUAAAGGAAGCUUUUGGACAGUAUGGUGAAAUCACUGGAGCAGUUAAAGUUAUAUGUGAUCAUAAGAGUGGGAGAUCAAAAGGCUAUGGAUUUGUGCGUUUCACUGCGGAAAGUGCAGCUAGCAUAGCUCUACAAAAAAUGGAUGGUCAGUUACUGGAUGGCAGAAAUAUUCGUGUUCAUUAUGCACAUAAGGGAUGAUGAGCAUAAUCUCUGGCAAC